CCUCCCCAAACGAACGGGUUAGAGAAAAUGCACAAUUCAAGUCUGAGAAAAAAAGUGGCUCAAGUAAAUCAACUCGUGGUGGUAGCUAAAAAGGUUUUGGCUGCAAAGAAACAAACUCCUCCAGGACCAGCAUCCAUGUUCUCCAUCCCUGAGAUUCUGACCGCUGGGGAGCUGCAGACCAGCCACUGACUUAAUCAUACCAUCUAUAAAAUGAUCCCUAUAGUUUUCAGUAGAUUUGGAUCCAACAAGGGCGUGAGGUGGCCCGGGAGCUCCGCCAGCAGCCCCCGCCCCUCAAGCCCUGGCAAUCUCUGCAUUUUGUCAUCACGCCCGAGUAUUUGACAUUCGCAAUUAUCUGCAAAUACCCUGAUCGGUUUGUAUAUGAAACACUUUUUUUCCUGCCUAAAGGUUGGAAUCUGUCCAGGUCACCCAGGCUGGGGACCGAGCGUGUGCUGCUAGGAGGACAUCAGGUCUCCCUGCCCCUGCUCAGCUCAUGUGGAUAGAUGUAUGACUGCUAGAUUCCAGCGGUCAUAAAAAUGCCCCAAGGAUUGGGCGAGACUGCGAAUUUGGCGCCUCAGAGGACCUCUCUUCAGUAUUCUGUUCCCUACCCAACCACCUCGCCCGUGAGUACCCACGGCAGUGCUCACUUUGGCAGAAUUGAUGGCUGUUGCGGCCCAGUGGAGUGCGCAUUGCCCCAACUUGCGCCUCCAAAAUGCACCCUUGCCAGAGCUCCUACACCGCGCACCCCUAAAUGAGCUGGCAUCCCCAAGCAAGUGCAAGCAUCCUCCCGCUUUGAAACCAAUUCACCCUACGUCUUUCAUCCCAAACGGCUUUGCCUUUGGGCGCUACUCUGACCAAAGUCCCAGGAGAGAAGUCCUGAAGAUGGAUGCAAAGUGGCUGCGCCCCGCAGAGGCACUCGCUCAAGGGUCCAGAUCUCCGAGGGCAUCUGGAAUCCGGGUUGUGUUGACUACCUGCAGCGUGCACGCGGAUCCCAAGUCAGGAAAAAGGAUGCCGUGUAAAAGGAAUGGUCGUUUACCUCUCCAGGGAACAGCUGUGACUUUGUUGGAAAAUGCUCGUUACCCAGGCCGAAAGCUUCCGCCCUGCGCUGGCCAACCCCACCGGCUGCAGCUCACUGAUCCCACCAGCGAAGCCACGGAGGAACUGCCUGCAGGGAGGCGGCAAUGCCGCUCUGGCCCGGGCCACCAGCACUGCUCCGGACUCCCGGUAGGGGGAGCAGUCACAGCCACCACGCCAGCCUGGAUAGGCCUUAGUUUGGCUCUCGCUGCCAGCGCCAACUCGGAACGCGCAGCGCAGGCGGCCUCGUUACCUGCCUUCCAGGUGCUCGUUGCUAGCAGAGAAGGGAACACUGGGCCGAGCCAGCUCCUAAUCCCUGGUUCUUGUACAGCAAAGAACAUAGGCGAGACCGAAGUAUAUUCUUUAGUUAUAAAGAAAUUUGUUGGUGAAAUCAAGUCCUUUGUCCAUAUUCAACGAAAAGGAAAAAACCAGAACAAAACAAAAUAUAGGUUUAUGCAUAUAAAGAACUGCUCUUAGUUCCACAAAGUUUGAGCUUUAUCUAAAAAAUUUUAGGUGAUCUAACCCCUUUUCUCUGUUUCAAAGUCGUUUAUUUCCAGGAGACUUAGAUGUUCCCAGCACAAAAUAGGAGGUCAGGUGAGACGUGCUGUCUUUGCUGGCUUCUCUUCCUUUCUGACUCCAUAUGCUUAAGUAAGGAUUCAGAAGCUUUCAUUUUACGAUAUGACCAAUAUUUAGGGAACAACCAUAAUCCAGGGCCAAGGGGAACCCACAGACCACCCCACUGUGCCCAGUGUGGCUGCACAGCUGUGCUGAGGGGCCAGAGAUUCCUGGUCAAUACUCCCACAGAUAAAAGCCUGCAAACUCUCCUUUUACAAAAACCCCGCAGGAACCUACAACUCACAAGAGCUCUCCAGAGCCCAAGUCAUCAAAGUCUCUCCAGAGAGAAUAGCCAAAGCCAAGAAUUUCACCCUUGGAAGGAAGCCUAAAGACCAUCUAGUCUAACAGUUGUAGUUUACUGGUGAGGAACUUGAGCUGAAUAAAGGCAAAGAAUCACAUGUCCAGUGAGAAAGCCCCUGAAUGCUGAGCUGAGAGGAGCUUUCCUCUUCUGUCCCUCACUCCAGUAUAGAUUUGACUACAGAGUAUUAGAAAUGCAUUUUACCGUUGUCAUUAUCCUCGUAAUUAUUAUUAUGUUUCCACAUAUUUUAGGGUUCUUUGUAAGGCAUAUGCCUUUAAUAAUAUUGUAAUAACAAAAUCUGCAAGGUCUGUGUGAGAAAAGUAUUACAGUUGGCUCGAGGGAGGCUGAAUUUUAGAAAUGAAGUUACAUAUAGCAUUGAAGCAAUUGUGGGAAGACUAAACAAAAAUAGUUGUACUGUUUUAUCCCAAUUUAAGAACAUUGAAUAUGUGCAAAUAUACGAAUGAAUGAACAAAACAGAACAAAAGUGUGGUAUUGUUGGUAUUAUAAAGGCAUUCUUCCAUGUUGUGUAAUUUUUCUCCAAAAAUCAGAGCUAAUUUAGUGUACUUAAGUAUUUGUUUAUAGACUUUUUAAAGUGUUAAAUUCUGGUGUCAUUUU